CCGUAAACGGCUUAGCGUAUUAUUUACCCGCCUCAGGCACCUGUUGUUGCCAAGCCCGACAUCAAAAGUUCGAGCGGAAGAUUCCCUUGAACCAGCUGCGAUAGACCAGAACUCCGGCCAACACAAGACAGUAUGAUUGUUCGGCAACUUGUGCGGCAAAGCCGCCAGCUUCGGGCUCUUCCCCGUCAGUCGCGCAUCUUGUCCCGAUUCUCUUCCACCGAGACGACUGGCCAGACUCCAGUACAGACUAUCGUUGCAGAGCAAGCACCUCAAUUAGAGACGCCUGCACCGGCUGUUGCAGUGCCGGAGCCUGGUACAUCUGGUGCACAAGAGAACUUGGAUCCGAACACGCUCCGCAGGAUCAAAUUCCACAGUCUCGGUAGCGAUGUUACCGGCGUCUACCGGCCAGAGAGCCUCCUCAAAAACCCUCCCAAAGCCACCGACGUUACCCUCGAAAUGCUCCUCGCCAACCAGACACACCUUGGACACUCGACUUCCCGCUGGAACCCCCAAAAUUCGCGCUAUAUCUUCGGUAUCAGGGAGGGGACUCACAUUAUUUCUCUUGACAUCACGGCGGCUUACCUCCGACGUGCAGCCAAGAUCGUGGAGGAAGUUGCCUACCGGGGUGGAUUGGUUCUCUUUGCGGGCACGCGAAAGGGUCAGAAGCGUGCGGUGGUCAGAGCCGCGGAACUGGCUCAGGGAUAUCACAUUUUCGAGCGUUGGAUCCCUGGUAGCUUGACCAAUGGCCAGCAGAUCUUGGGCCAUUGCGAAAAGAAGAUCGUGAACGGCUUGGAUGAUACAAUUGAGGACCUCUGGAAAGAGGAACUGGAAUCUUUCCGUGCCCUUAAGCCCGACCUUGUUGUUUGCUUGAACCCUGUCGAGAACGUUGUCCUGUUGCACGAGUGUGGUCUCAACAACGUCCCGACUAUUGGUAUCAUUGACACUGACGCCGACCCGACCCGUGUCACAUACCCCAUCCCUGCCAACGACGACAGUUUGCGUUCCGUGACUCUGAUUGCUGGUGUGCUGGGACGGGCCGGUGAAGCGGGUCAGCAGAGAAGAUUGGCGCAAGCGCGUAAGGGUGAGUGGACGUAUAAACCCAUGCAACCACUCCGUCAGCAAGUAGAGGAGACGACUUUGGAGACCGCGGAAGGACAGACGCCUGAAGCCUCUCAGGAUGUUGUGUCUGAGGAAGUUCCUUCUGAGGGAAGCCCGCUCGACAAGCCUAAGGAAGGGGCUUCCAGGGAUGAGGAAUAGAGUCGAAGUGUUGACUAUUGCUCUUAUUGAUAUCUGUCUGUCUACAUCUGAACUUUCGGCUGGGAUUGUAUUGUAUAGGACAUUGUAAAUUUUCCUUUUUCUCUGGUGUUAUAUCAUGUAUCAACAAUGCUAUUUGAAUCGAUCUUCUGGUCUAGUCUC